UUCUUUUUGUGUGUCACAAAAGCAUCAGGUCUUUAGGAACGGAAUGGAGCAGUGGAAGAAUAGAGUGGCUGUCGUGACUGGCGCUUCUGCAGGUAUUGGAGCCGCGAUUACCAAAGAUCUGGUAAAAGCAGGAAUGAUAACGAUUGGACUGGCACGAAGAUCAGAAAGAGUCGAGGCACUAAAGAAAGAGCUUCCAGCCGAUCUGCAACAAAAUCUUCACGCUGUGAAGUGCGAUAUCACCAAGGAAGAUGAAAUUAUUAAGGUGUUCGAUUGGAUCGAUAGAGAAUUCAAUGGAAUCGACGUCUUAAUCAAUAAUGCUGGAAUUUCUAGACAGACAAAUUUAAUUAAGAAAGACAAUUCAUCCCUAAUUCGAGAAGUCAUGGACACAAAUGUGAUGGGCCUGGUUUUUUGCACUCGAGAAGCCUUUAAAUCAAUGGAUAAACAUGGAAGAAAUUCUCAUGUUAUUCAUAUCAACAGUAUUGCAGGACAUCAGAUCUUCUGCAAACUUGAAUUUCCAUCACUGAACAUUUAUGGUCCAACAAAAUAUUCAGUGACUGCGAUAACGGAAAUCCAUCGACAGGAGUUCAUCAGGAGCAAACGCCAUAUCAAAGUGACUUCAGUGAGUCCUGGACUUGUAAGGACAGAAAUAGCUCCUGCAGCAUUUUAUGAACUAUCGAAAUGGCCCUAUCUAGAAGCUGAAGACGUUUCACAGAGUGUACUUCACGUCUUGGGAACUCCUGCCCACGUUCAGAUCCAUGAGUUGACUAUUAAACCGUUCGGAGAAGAGUUUUAACACUUUAUAA